CGGAGUCUGAUUGGAUGGUUAGAGGCAGGAGGCGGGCUCACGGAACGCCCAGAAGUGGGGUGCCGUGGCUCGGACAGCAUGACGACGGAAACUUUCGUCAAGGAUAUCAAGCCCGGACUCAAGAAUCUGAACCUUAUCUUCAUUGUACUGGAGACAGGCCGAGUAACAAAAACAAAAGACGGGCACGAGGUUCGGACCUGCAAAGUAGCAGACAAAACAGGCAGCAUCAAUAUCUCCGUUUGGGACGACGUGGGCAACCUGAUCCAGCCUGGGGACAUUAUCCGACUCACCAAAGGGUACGCUUCAGUGUUCAAAGGUUGUCUGACACUGUACACUGGCCGUGGGGGUGAUCUGCAGAAAAUUGGAGAAUUCUGUAUGGUUUAUUCUGAAGUUCCUAAUUUCAGUGAGCCCAACCCAGAGUAUAGUACUCAGCAGAUGCCCAACAAACCGGUGCAGAAUGACAGCAACCCUUCUGCCCCUCAAGCUACCACAGGACCCCCUGCUGCCUCUCCAGCUUCUGAGAGCCAGAACGGGAAUGGACUGAGUACCCCACCAGGUCCUGGUGGUGGCCCCCAUCCUUCUCACACUCCCUCCCAUCCUCCCAGCACCCGAAUCACUCGAAGCCAGCCCAACCACACACCUUCUGGCCCUCCUGGCCCCUCCAGCAACCCUGUCAGUAACGGCAAAGAAACCCGUAGGAGCAGCAAGAGAUAGCAAGAAAUACAUCUUCCCCUGCCACCACCAACCACAACCCAGUGUCUGCCGGAAAACUGCUGGCUUUGGGAUUGGAGGGUGGGGUAGCAGUAUUUUAGCCACUAAAUUUCCUUGGAGGGGCGAUAAGCAGUGGCCUUAUCCUCAAGUUCAUACCCUCUUUGUCCAGCUGAAGCUGCCUGUCCCCUGGGAUUCAGGCCCCUCUGCCUGUCCUCCCUCCUCGAGAAACAACAGUCUAUUUCUUGUAUGGGAUCUGAGGGUCUAAUUGAAAUCCCUCCUUCCUAAUAAAUGUUCCCACUGUCCUGGA